AUGUUGUCAAGAGUAGCACGUAGUCUUAUCAACACCUCACAUUCUGGGAUAUCCAUAGCUCGAAGCAGCUCCUCCUUCAACUUCCUUGAUGCGUUUGAUUUCAACUCACAGCUCACUGAUGUGAGAACUUUUUCCGUAAAUCACGAUCUCAUUUCCAAUUUUUCUACUUAUUUGUUUUUCAGGAUGAAAGAGAUCUUAUGUUCUCAACUCCAUGAAUAUUGUCAAGAGAAGCUUUUACCGCGGAUAAUCACUGCUUAUCGUGAAGAGAGAUUCAUUUACUCGAUUCACAUUUCAGAGUUUGAUCCCACACUGAUUCCUGAAAUGGGGAAAAUGGGCCUCCUCGGAGCGCCUUACCAGGGCUACGGAUGCGCUGGAACGUCAACAGUAGGCUAUGGACUGAUUGCACGUGAAAUAGAACGAGUAGAUUCGGGAUAUCGAUCUACGAUGAGCGUUCAGACUAGUCUUGUUAUUGGACCAAUCUAUAAUUAUGGUUCGUGUUUUGUUUUCUAG